AAAAACUCGAGAACCACAAAUGGCCAACCAAUUAGUAUGCAUGUGAUGAAAGCCUGGGAACUUGGUUAUACUGGAAAAGGUGUCGUCGUGACAAUUCUGGAUGAUGGCUUACAGCACAAUCAUACAGAUAUUGUUAUCAAUUAUGAUCCUCAAGCUUCAUAUGAUCUAAAUGACAAUGAUCCUGAUCCAAUGCCUAAAUUUAACAAGCUGAACAGACAUGGUACUCGUUGCGCUGGUGAAAUUGCAAUGGCUCCGAAUAAUUCAUUUUGUGGUGUCGGUAUAGCAUAUAAUGCUAAAAUAGGAGGCGUACGAAUGUUAGGUGGUAAAGUUACAGAUAGGAUUGAAGCGGAAGCUUUGAUUUACAAUAUCAAUCAUAUCGAUAUCUUUUCCGCUAGUUGGGGACCAUUGGAUGAUGGAAAAACGGUUGAAGGUCCUGGACGAUUAACACAAAAAGCCAUUCUAAAAGGCAUUCAGCAAGGUCGUCGUGGCAAAGGUGUCAUUUAUGUUUGGGCAUCGGGUAAUGGUGGUACGCAAGGUGAUGAUUGCAGUUGCGAUGGUUACAUGGAUAGUAUUUAUACGUUAUCAGUAUCAAGUGUAACUAAAGAUGGUACUUCACCAUGGUAUGCUGAAAAGUGUGCCGCUACAUUGACGUCUACAUUUUCGAAUGGCCAUCAUGAAAAGCAAAUGAUUACAACAACCGAUAUAGAAAAUAAAUGUACAAGAACUUUUGCCGGAACUUCAGCAUCAGCUCCAAUGGCAGCAGCAAUUAUCGCUCUUGGUUUGGAUGCAAAUCCAUCAUUAACAUGGCGUGAUGUACAGCAUAUCGUUGUUUGGACCUCAAAUCCUGUACCAUUGCUGAAUGUUAAUGAAGGUUGGAAUAAAAAUGCUCGAGGAUUACUUGUAAAUUCACGUUUCGGAUUUGGAUUAAUGGAUGCGAGCGCAUUUGUUAUGGUAGCAAAAACUUGGACAAAUGUACCGGAGCAACACACUUGUACCACUAUUUUUCCAACUUUUUCAAAACGCGAAAUAAAUUAUAAAGGCGUAACGGUAAUCAAAUUUCAAACGAACGGUUGUGAGGGACAAAAAAAUGAAAUAAAUUUUCUGGAACAUAUACAAUUGGUGUUAGAUAUACAUUAUCCAAUACGUGGGCAUCUUUCAAUAUCGAUCAUUUCUCCAAAAGGUACCAGAACUCAACUUCUUUCGGUUCGUCGUAGAGAUAAAUCACCAGCUGGCUUUCAACAAUGGCCGUUUAUGUCAGUACAUACUUGGGGCGAGAGUCCACGCGGAAUUUGGCAAUUGAAUAUCGCGGAUCAGAGUAUGACGAAUAAAGCGAUGACAGGUGCUGUCAGUAAUAUAACGCUUAUAAUUUAUGGUACUAAAGAUGAACCGAAACAUUACAAAGAAAUGAAACGUUACAAUCAAAAAAAUAAAACAAUUUUUGAAAAACAAUUAUUGAAUCCUAAUUAA